GUAUUAUUUUAAUACCUACCCAUAUUACUGACCAAUUUCGUUCCUUAUCCCAAUCUAUCCCUCAAAGCAUCGAACCCUCUAAUCCUCCAUUACCUAACCAUCAAUGUUCAUCUCCCGCCCUCAACUCCGUCUUCUUGCCUUGUUCUUUCUCCUCGCCACCGAUCCUCCCUUGACUAGCGCUCAGAUCAAUACUUCUACCAUCGCCGACGCCAUCGCAAUCACUCAAGGUCGUUACCCCAGCUCCUCCCCAACCCAAGCCCAUUCCGCCAAUGGUGGAGUGAUAAAGUUUGAGGAUCCAAUCAGUACCUCCUUGUCGAGCACGCCGACCACGCAGAAGAGUGGGAUGUAUGAAGCCAGUAGCUUGCCGGUGCACAAGGUAGAUACUAACCCUAGUACCCUUCCCGGUCAGAAAGUCGGUGUUAGUGGCGUUGCUAGCUCGAAUCAAUACCCAGGGCACAAAGCUAGUGUAAGCGCAACAAUCUCGCCUGCAUUUCCUCAGGUCGACCCAAGUCUAACAAGGUUUUCUGGACAUAAGAUUCCUGUCAGAUCUCAACCUCAAGAUGGUUCUACGAGGCUUUUUGAUAUUGUCGCCGUUUCUGCACUCAAGGAGACCAAUUCGGCUGACUCAGCUGAUUGCUAUGAGUGGGUUUGGGUGGAUGAGUCUGGGAAUGAGAUUAGUAAGCGGACAGACUCCAAGUUGGAGGCUAUGGAACUCCUGGUAAAAGAUCAUGAAAAUUAUGAGAAGGAAAAGAACCCUUCAUCUCAGGAAGGAAGCGCGGAAUUUGGCCGAAAAGGGCGCCGAGCUGCCCAAGUGGUCAAGAGGGCACCUCAAGACACAAAUCCCUCUGCCACGUCAACUUCCCAUGCAUCUUCUUCGGUCUCUGGCACCAGCCACGAUCCCUCAACCAGCAAUCAUCUUCCCACCAACUCAACGGCUGACUUUUCGUCUGCGAUCAGCACUACUACGAAACCAGUCUCUUCUGUCCCAGGUUCCCUGCUUACCACGUAUCCUGUCACUUCUCUCGCCGCUUCUGCCACCGAAGGCUUACACGACUCCCGACGUGCCCCGAACGAUUUUCAUCCUUUCAACCACGCUGGCCUUAUUGCUAGUAUCGUUCUAAUUGUCAUUGGUCUCUCCACCAUCAGCUAUGUCGCAAUCUAUCUAUACCGGAACAGGCAAAAGAAGAAUAAGGAAGCCCAGGCAAAAAUCAAUCAGCAUGAACCUUCUUUUUCUAUGUACAACGCUCCGAGCAGGUAUAACUCGAUCAAGGAUGACGAUAUGUAUGGACAUGAAGUCGCCCAUCUGGGGUACCAGGCGUCUUCUGACGACACUAUGGCCCCUAGGCUGAACCGGCUUUAUAGCAUCCAGGCGGCAUUCGCCAAGAACAAGAAGAUUAGUCAACUUGCACAACACGAGAAUCGAGUAUAGGAGACGACGAGACAUCAAAUUUUUCAGUUCCGGAGCGUAUAACCACUACAUACUUCGAUUUUGUCAAAGUGCCUACUCAAGAAAAUCAGCCGUUUUGAUGUCCCUUACUCCAUAUUCUUGAUGGAUGAUGCACAAGAACGAAACGGACUAAAACCAAUGUACCUUGUAAUAUAUCCAUGAACAACUAUACUAGUGAACAGCGUCACUUUU